CUUUUUUCUUUGUCUGUCCUUCCUCUAACCAUGUUCUGUUUGGUGGUCUUAACAAUUAGUUUGCAAUACAUUAACAGGAGGAGUAUACCAGAGUCAACUGUUGUAAAACAAAAACUGUUCGGGCAAAACAAUCAUACAGUUCACUCAUACAGCAUGAUAAGGGACAGGUUAAAAAAAAACAAAAGGAACAGGAACUAGAUCAAGCUGUGAGAAUAUCAAUGAUGCGUCCUGUGGUAGUUGUUUUUUCAGGACUGAAGUGUGAAAGUGGAACAACAUCAGAGCCGUAGAAACAAUAGGAUCAACAAUGAAUGACUCUGCAUAUGACUAUGACUAUGACAAUGAAAUAUGUGAAAAAGGCGAGGUGGUCCAAUUCGGAUCCGUCGUCGUUCCUGUUUUCUUCUUCGUUGUGAUCAUGCUGAGCCUCAUGGGAAACAUCCUUGUGCUUGUGAUCCUGGCCUUCUACGAGAACUUCAAGUCCCUCAGUAACAUUUUCAUUUUCAAUCUGGCCGUGUCCGACCUGAUCUUCACCAGCUGCCUCCCCUUCUGGGCAAUGUAUCACAUCUGGGGAUGGUUGAUCCAUGAGAUUCUCUGCAAAGUGAUCGCCUUUGUCUUCUUCGUUGGCUUCUACAGUAGCGUUCUCUUCCUGGCCGCCAUGACGGUCUACAGGUAUCUGACGGUGGUCCGCCCGCUGUCCGACAUGGGACCACAGAACAAAAGCAUGGGGGUCUUUAUAUCAGUCAUCAUGUGGAUCAUCAGCAUAGGAGCGGCCCUGCCCUCGCUGCUCUUCAGCACAGUCAUCUCCAUUCCCCAGAAGGACCAUCACUCCCUGGGUUGUGAAUAUGCGGAUCCCCUGUGGGAGAAGGUUGCCGUUUGCCAACAGAACAUCUUUUUCUUGGUUGCGUUUGUGGUCAUGGCGUUCUGCUACUGUAAAAUACUUCACAAAAUCACAAGAAGCAGAUCACACGUAAAGAACCGUGCUGUGAAAUUAGUCUUCUGCAUUGUGGCUGUGUUCUACCUGGGCUGGGUGCCGUACAAUGUGGUGAUCUUUCUCAGGCUUUUGAGCUAUAAUUUGAUUCCGCCUUUUGAAGAGUGCAACAUAAGUAUACACAUUGAUUACGCCUUUUACGUGUGUCGGCUCCUCGCAUUUUCCCACUGCUGCCUCAACCCUGUCUUGUAUGCACUGGUGGGUGUCAAAUUCAGGGGUCACCUGAAGACCAUGUUCAGACGUACAAGUCUGAGUGAGACAACACAACAGGGAGGGAAACAAAACUACAUUUCACAGGGGUCAAUGUAUUAGAUGUUGUUCACAUUUGUUGUAAAAAAAUUGUAAUUGGAAAAUUGUAAACCAAAUCUAAACAAGAUAUACAGACAGUGAUUUGCAUGUUGUAACGCAAAUGAUUGGGCCACAUUUGUGCUUCUUUAGCAUUAUAACUCUUACAUGACUUACAUGUAUAGUAUUUACUGAUCCAACAUACAUUAUGCACCUCGCACUUCAGCUACUUUUUUAGCUAGCUAGUCUUAAGAGGCAGUCGCUGCACAGCUUUAAGAGCAGAAUAGAUGAAGUAUCCACUGAAAAUGAGUAUAGUGGUACCAAUAGGUCAGACGAAAACCAAAACGUACAAAAAACAUACCUAUUCACAAAGGAAAAAUCCAAUUAAAAUCAAACUAAUUGGUCAUCUGUUUUAGAUACUGAAAAUGUAAAAUAAUUACAAAUGACAAAUGGAUGAAACUUAUUGAUGUGGACUUCUCAUACAUACUGGCAAUGUCAAAAUCAAUAAUGUUUCUGACCGCCUUAAAUGGCUGACAUUUACUUAGCAGUCACACUCCAAAAAUGCACAGACAAAAAGUCAGCAACAUAAAGGGUGCUUGGACACUCGAUUUAGCAGAAUGAUACAGUACAGGGCAAACUGACUAGUUUGUUUCGUGCAAUAUUGUACGAAAGCCCAAAACUGACACCAAAUUUUAGUGAGAUUUUUCAACAAAUACUAAAUCAUGCAAAAUUUAUUAUAAUUUAAUAAUUUAUUUAUUAUAUCCAAGUUUGUUAUGGCCCCAUGCAUUUAUUUUGUAUCAUUUUUGCAUUUGCUUGCUUUGUAAAUCAAUUGCUCAAGUACAGUAUGUGACUUGAUAUUUUAACUAAUUUAAUGAUGCGGUGUACUGUAUUCAUGUUUAAAAUACAUUAGCUAUGUUCAGGUAACUGUUCGGUAUGUUUUCUGCAUUAUUAAAAUAGUUCAACUGACAUUAAGAAGAAAAGGGAACCUUUGAUAGUUUGCAAUAGGGGGAUAUUCAAAUAGUUUCAUCUUCCUUGAAAACUACAAUCAGUCACAUGAAGAACUGGUCAGACCGGUCUGUGCCACAGUACAGUUGGGUGAUGCUUUUUUUGGUAGUACUUUGUAGUAUUGUUUAGAUUAUGAAGUCACAAUGGGGGGAGGGUGAGUUAUCAGAUGCAGACAUCUUACAAUGCCAAUGUCAGCAUCAAAGCCAUAUGUAGUGGGAAUAUAUCAAACACGUUCUAGUAUUGAGGUGCCUCAACAUACUGUAUAAAUUAGCUGUUGGUAAUACCAAUACAAUAUACAAACUAUUACAAGUCAAAGUGAUCGGUGACUGUCAGGCAGGAUGUCAAAUCUACAAUUUCUGAUUUGUUUUACUCCGUUUUUGCACU